AUCCGCAGAAAACUCCGCCCAUCUCUCAUUCCCUGUCGUGGACUGGCGGAAUUUAAGAUCAAUCAAUAGUAAACUGGUUACCAUGGACUUUAGCUUGUCGCUCAGUAUACAUGAGGACAUGAUUAUUUUGUUGGAAUAGUAGGUAAUAGGAAGCUACCUCUAUCAAGGUGGUAUCAGCAAUUCAUUUAGGGAACAAGAAGGGAGUUUACAGGCUAAUUAUUUGAAUCCUUUGAACAGUCAGCAUCUGUGCACUUACAAUGGCUCCAAGGAAGAAUUUCAGAAACCAAGCCAAAAAAGAGGUGAAGCCUGCAGCAGUGGUGAAUAAGAAUGGUGUGAAAGCGGAGGCUACUGUUGCUGCUAGUGGUGGUGGUUUUAGCGGCACAAAGAUCUUCACUUGGUUCAUGGUGCUGGCUCUGCUGGGGGUUUGGAGCUCCGUGGCCGUGGUGUGGUUUGACCUGGUGGACUACGACAAUGUCAUCGCAGAGAGAGCAAAGGAAUUCCGUUUUAACUUUUCAGAGGUUUUACAAGGUAAACUUUCAGCGUAUGACGCAGAUGGCGACGGCGACUUCGAUGUGGAGGAUGCCAAAGUACUACUCGGACUGAAGGAGAGGCCGGUUUCUGUGCUGCUGAGGGAAGCCAAGGAGGAAUCUGCUGUGAAAGAACCAGAUGCUGUCCCCCCUCCUGAUGAUGAUGUUGAUGGAUCUCAGAACACGGAUGUGGAAUCUGAAAUCCAAGCUGCUGUCCCUCUCCCCCCGAUAUCAGAUGAUUUUAUCCCAGAUGAUAGUAGAGAUGAAGCAACACAUCCUUAUGAGGAUGAAAACAAUGCCAUUGACACGAAAGGAGAAUUGGUUGAGAAGGCACAGCCACAGCAGACAGUAGAAGAGUCAAAGCAAUACAACGACCAACCAGGCUCCCUGGAGACAAAGGAAACAGUACAACUGCGAUACAAUGCAGAGGCUGAAUCAGUCCCAGAACCGGAGGCUGACGUGGAACCAGAGGUGGAAUCUGUUCCGGAACUGAAAGAAAAUGCUGAGGACCAGCCCAAGGAUAAGCUUCAAGAAAAACCCAAAAAGAAGAAGCCCAAACUCCUGAAUAAAUUUGAGAAAACGAUCAAGAUGGAGAUUGACGCUGCUGAGAAGUUACGUAAAAAGGGGAAAGUGGAAGAGGCUGUCCGGGCUUUUGAAACUCUAGUUCUGCAGUACCCCCAGAGUCCCAGAUGUCGCUAUGGGAAAGCCCUGGCUGAGGAUGGCCUGGCAGAGAAGAUGCUCAGCAACGACAUGCUGCAGAAGGCCAUCGGCACAUACAAGGAGGCGUCAGAGCUGCCCAACGCCACGCCUGACCUCAUCAAGGCCACACUGAAGAAACGGGCUGAGCGUCAGCAGUUCCUAGGUCGUAUGAGGGGUGCCUUGGCCACGUUGGAGAAACUGGUACAGAUCUUCCCUGAGGACGUGGCCCUGAAGAACGAUCUGGGCGUGGCCCACCUGCUCAUCGGAGACAACAAGGGCGCCAAGAGGAUCUAUGAGGAGGUGUUGGCCACUGCACCAAGUGACGGCUUUGCUAAAGUCCAUUACGGCUUCAUCCUCAAAUCAGAAAACAAGAUAGCAGAGAGCAUCCCAUUCCUCAGGGAUGGUUUGGAAUCAGGACACCCUGGCACAGACGACGGAAGGUUUUACUUCCACCUCGGAGACGCUUUACAGAGAAUGGGAGACGACAGUGCCUACAAGUGGUAUGAGAGAGGGCACCUGAGAGGUCAUUUUGCCUCCGUAUGGCAGCGAUCUCUCUACAAUGUGGACGGUCUCAAAGCCCAGCCGUGGUGGACGCCCAAGGACACUGGAUAUAUGGAUCUAGUCAAGACCCUGGAGAGGAACUGGAGGAUCAUCAGGGACGAGGCCCAGUCUGUGAUGGAUAAAACCACUGGCCUCUUUGUUCCAGAGGAGGAGAACCUCAGAGAAAAAGGGGAGUGGGGCCAGUUCACCCUCUGGCAGCAAGGCAAGAAGGCAGGGGAGGCCUGCCGCAGUGUUCCAAAGACCUGUGGCCUGUUGGAGCGCUACCCAGAGGCUACAGGCUGCAAGAGAGGACAGAUCAAGUUCUCGGUGAUGCAGCCUGGUACUCACGUCUGGCCCCACACGGGGCCCACCAACUGUCGCCUGCGCAUGCACCUGGGCCUGGUCAUCCCCAAGACAGGCUGCAAGAUCAGGUGCACCAACGAUACCAGGGCUUGGGAGGAGGGGAAAGUGCUCAUCUUUGAUGAUUCCUUUGAGCACGAGGUGUGGCAGGACGCCGACAGUUACCGGCUCAUCUUCAUCGUGGACGUGUGGCACCCCGAGCUCACCCAGUACCAACGGCAGACUCUUUCCUCCAUUUAGACUGUCCGACCGACAGACUGACUGACAGGUCCAAGGUAUCUGUCAACCCAUUCCCUCAAGUAUUGACCCCACAGCCAGCCAUUUUAGGUCAAAUGGGACAAUUGGGACACCUGCCUCUGCUUAGUCCAGGGUGCCAUUUCGGCUCCAUCUUGAAGAGUUACUAAAGGCCCUCUCAGAUUGGAAAAAGCCUUACAACGACCCUUGGGAACACUGACUGCUAACUGUGGUACUCGCCAAGUAGGUUUUUAGGCAUAAAUGUGAAUUUUUUUUAAGAACGGUAAGGUGUGGGUUGAAUAUCACGUAGGUUGUGUUGUAAAUUUGUCACAAGUGCAUUCUUGUUUUUCAUUAGGGAACCAAAGUGCUAUAUGUCUGAAACAUACCUAACAUACGGUAACCGCACGAAGCUGUACUAUUGCAGUUAUUAACUUUACUGUUGGACACUUACUGAUACUUAAAAGGGAUCGUUUUUCAGGUGUUUGCCCCAAUCUUAAUUCAUUUCUUACCUCAAGAAAAUGUAUUUGAUUACUUUUGAGGUAAGUAAAUGAUAUGGGUUAAAACACGGAAAACUAUCAAUUUUUAAGAUGUUGCUAAGCUAGCUAAACUUCUGCUAGCUGAAAAGUGGGAACCUAAAUCUGUUGUUUCUCUAACGUGAUUCGUGAAUAUAUGUCCUGUAAUUUCCAUAGCAUUAUAAAGUAACCUGCCUUUUACUGUAUUUUGGUAGGGAAAAAAUUGUAAUACAGACACACUGCUUAUUAGGUAAUUCCAUUUCACUUGUAGGAUUUUCGCAUGUCUCUUUGGAUCAAUGGAUAGGAAAUCACAAUGCCAAGAAUGUUUUUAUUGCAGAAUUAAUAUUGCCAAGAACCUUGACUGAUACAUCUUAUUUUUGUACGCUAACAAUAUACACUAUUUUCAACUGCGCCUUGACCUAGGAGCGCACACAAACAUUCUACUCAACAGGCUUGUCUUUGUCAUUUAAAAUCUUACAACGUGUGUAUUUACAUUCUUAAAUGUGUCAAAUAUGAACAUGUGACUGAAGGCAUGUAUUUGUCAGAUACAUAAACAUUUUAUGUUUUAUAAAAUUACAAUUUCCCUGUGUAAAACUUCGGCAGGAGCAUGUUGAAUGUAUGCAAGACACGGCAUUCCAUAUCUUGGUCAAAUACUUCCCAAUACUUCCGCUGGGCUUAAUUUAGUUUGCCUUGUACAAUGGAACCAAUGGAAUAGUCCCUAAAAGGAGAACCCCAGGCUAAAUCAAGCAUAGGCUAUACUUGAAAGUAUUGGACCCAUGUCUGCUCCAUUCCAUGAAUAGCAGAGCUGAUUAGAGGGGCUUUGCCUGACCAAUGUUGUUGAUUUUCAAAAUAAAAAUGGCAAAGCAUAUUCUUCUAGAUAUGUUAUUUAAUCAUUCUCUAUGGACAUUGGUAGUCGGCUUCACUGCAGGAAUAAAACAUAUAUAUCAUGUCCAAAUCAGACCGGUGGUAUUAUGCAGCGUUCAUGUGGUAUUAGAAUCUCGGUACUGACAAAUUCUUGGCAAUCCCAGGGACUCGUCACAACUACGAGUUUGAGGUCCCAAACCGUUCAUAAUGAGCUUCCAAGUGGGAAAUAUGUGAAGGAAACUUGGGUAACAUAAUUUUUCCCCUACUUCAGAGGAGCAUGUGAACACAUCAUAAUCCAAUGGGAUGGUGUCAAAACCUUAGGCUCAUUGGAUUGCCUUUCAACAUGGUCAUGGACAUUGGUGUCUUGGGGUUAUGACGAUGACACAUUCAAGCUAUCUCCUCGAUGCUUCAAAUGAUUCCCUUAGUUACAAGGGUAACAAAUCCAGCACCUUCACAAAGCCACAUCGUUUGAGAUUACACCUUUUAUGGUCCUCUGUUAUGAAUUGCUAUCACUCAUCUUAGAUAUGAAGUUAAUACUUCUAUGGUGUUGAAAUCACUGAGCUGUUCCAACUGUUGUAACUGGCCUGCCAAGUAAGUCAUGUUUCUUUCAAUUCUAUUUUGUGUGUUGUAAUCAGUUGCAUUGAAUAUAUGUAAAGCUUUUUUUCAGUAAAUUAAACAAUGGUCAAAAUGGUGUCAAGUGA